AUGGAGGGAGAGCUCGAUGAGCUUCGGGUAAUGAUGAAAGAACCUCUCACAGAAGAGGACAGAGAAUCCGCCGAGAUGCUGCGCCAGAACACUGCGGAGAUUAACGCCAAGUUUGCCGCCGCUGAAAGGACACAACAAGACUUGAAGGUGACCAUGGAGCAAAUGCAUUGUAAAGGGCUGUCGGCUUUCAGGAGUAUUAUUGAAGCACAACGCAGGGAGAAUAGGAUGAUCAGAGAAAAACUGGGCACACUUGAGGCAUUACAACAUCAAAAUCCAAGCCUGGUGCCCGAGAUCCCAAGCUCGGUGCUGCUCAGGCUCAUGUGCAGGAAAUGGAAAACGCGCAUGAUCAAGGAAGUCUGGAUAUGCGUGGGCCUAGGUAUACGUCUGUACUUGAGCAGCUCGAACCGCAUCGACGAGAGCUGCUAA